UUUCGUAUAUAAGCCGGCAACCUGUUGAUCCACCUUAGUCGAUAAAGAAAGUCCGAUCCGGAAUCCCGAAAUAAAAGAACAGCCGAAAAAUGACGAAGACAAGAGUUUACGUUAUCGGAGUGGGCAUGACCAAGUUCGAGAAGCCCGGUCGCCGAGCGGAUGUAUGCUAUCCAGAUUUUGCCAAGGAGGCCAUUACGAAAGCCCUAGAGGAUGCGGGCAUCAAAUUCGAGGAAGUGCAGCAGGCGGUGGCUGGAUACGUUUAUGGAGACUCAACCUGCGGACAGCGGGCCAUCUACGAGGUGGGAAUGACCGGCAUUCCGGUUUACAACGUGAACAACAACUGCUCCACGGGAUCGAGCGCUCUGUAUCUGGGCAAGCAGAUCGUGGAGAGUGGAAACGCCGACUGCGUCCUGGCUCUGGGAUUCGAGAAGAUGGAGCGUGGAUCCUUGUCUUCAAAGUACUUUGAUCGCGCUAAUCCCAUGGAGCGUCACAUCACCGAGAUGGGUGAGCUGACCGAGAUUGGAGCUGGACCCAUGGCUGCACAGAUCUUUGGAAACGCUGGCAAGGAGCACAUGCAGAAAUACGGCACCAAGCCCGAGCACUUCGGCAAGAUCGCCUGGAAGAACCACAAGCACUCAGUUAACAAUCCUUACUCGCAGUUCCGCGAUGAGUACACUCUGGAGCAGAUUAUGAAGUCGCCCCAGGUUGUGGAGGGAGUGCUGACCAAGCUGCAGUGCUGUCCCACUUCUGAUGGAUCCGGAGCUGCCAUCCUGGCCUCCGAGGCCUUCGUCCGCCGUCAUGGAUUGGAGAAACAGGCCGUUGAGAUCGUUGGCAUGGAGAUGGCCAGUGAUCCGGCGUCCACCUUUGCCGACAAGAGCCUGAUGAAGAUUGCUGGAACCGACAUGACCCGCCUGGCCACCCAGCGUCUUUUCGCCAAGAGCGGCUACAAGCCACAGGAUGUGCAGGUGGUGGAGCUGCACGAUUGCUUCUCGGCCAACGAGCUGGUGACCUACGAGGCCCUUGGACUGUGUGGCGAGGGCAAGGCCGGCGAGUUCAUCGAUGCCGGAGACAACACCUACGGUGGAAAGUUCGUCGUGAACCCCAGUGGUGGUCUGAUCUCAAAGGGUCAUCCUCUGGGAGCCACUGGCCUGGCGCAGUGUGCUGAGCUCUGCUGGCAGUUGCGUGGUCUGGCUGAGAAGCGACAGGUUCCAAAUGCCCAGUUGGCUUUGCAGCACAAUCUGGGAUUGGGAGGAGCUGUGGUGGUGGCCCUCUACCGUCUGGGCUUCCCGGGUUCUUCCAAAGCCAAGUUGUAAAGGGUGGGAACUGAUGUUUUGUAUAUAUUUGUAUUAAAAUGAAACUGUUUUUGUGA